AUGUCGCCAUCAACGGAGGCGAUGGGGCAAGCAGCCGUCAUUCUUUCUUCCCAUCAAGUAGCCCUGGCACAGCUAGGGCAGCCGCGAAUUACCGGCAAGGUCGUUCGUAAAAAGUCUCUAACAGUGCAGCUUGAGGAGGAAAAGAUUCUUGAAGCCUCUCUCGCGAAUUUUGCGAAUUUGAAGCUGCCUCAAGCUCCAGCAACACGGGCACCAAGCCAAAUGCCUUCGAGUGACGUCCCGAGACAAUUUGGUCGAGAGAGUUAA